AUGACGAAUCUCAUUAAAGUUCUCCUACUUUCAAGCAGUAUUAGCUGUGCAUUUGCAAUCCGCUGCUACCAAUGCUCGUCACAAACCGAUCCAAUCGGAUCCGACAACUGCGGCGCUUACAAAGGAUUUAACAAAACCCAAAACAUUGCCAUCGAGUGCAACAGCGACGAGUCGCACAUGCCCGGGUCGUUCUGCAUGAAAAUGGUUCAGCAAAGUCCUAGGGGAUUUAUUUGGGAUGGACGAUGGCGCCAAGUGAUCCGACAGUGUGCUUCGGUGUCGGAAACCGGAGUCACGGGCAUCUGCAACUGGGGUGUGUUCGAGAAUGGCGUCUACUGGGAGGAGUGCUACUGUGUCGAUGAUGAAUGUAACGAUGCACCGCGGACGGUGUCCGCAACCUUCGGUGUGCUGCUUGCAGCAAUCCUGCCACUAUUGUUCGCUGUUAAAGUUGUUGUAUAAGCGGCCUCAGUAGGCUGUGGAGCCAACGGUUCAGCCGUUCUCAUCCUGAAUCCGUCCAUUUCACGUCUAUUGCUACAGGGCGUUGGAAGAACAACCUCAAACAUUCUCGAAGUAUUAUCAAAAUGAAAGAUCUUUUAUACGAGUUAAGCAGCAUUCCAC